AUUCAUCAUUCACCUCCCUCAACAAUGGUGGACAAAUGAGAAAAACUCUGUAAAUCAACCUGCGCAGCAAAAAGUGAAAACCCUAGAACCUCAAAUUGAGCUCAGGUUCUCACUCUUCGUCUUCAAUGGCAACAUCUUUUCUCAAAAUCUCACCCAACGUGUUACAAAGACACCAAAAUCCUCUCGCAUUCGUCACCAAUAGCAUAAGUGCGAGAACAAGUGUUCCUAUUUCGCAAAAGAGGAGAUCGCGUUCUUUCGCUGUAGUGUCAAUGUCAGCCACGCCCGUUGAAACUUCUCUCGUAAAGUCUGCACCUUCGUCCCAAAACACGGGUAUUCCAAUAAUGGUUAAUGCAUGUACUGGAAAAAUGGGAAAGGCUGUGAUUAAUGCAGGGGAAGCUGCUGGACUGCAUGUUGUUCCUGUGUCAUUUGGGUGUGAAGAGGAGUCUGGACAGACUUUUGAGAUAGGUGGAAAGGAGUUUUUGGUGCAUGGUCCUUCUGACAGGGAGAGUGCUCUUGUAUCUGCCCUUGAAAGAUAUCCAAAUUUGAUUGUUGUGGACUACACUGUACCUAAUGCGGUUAAUGGCAAUGCUGAGCUAUACUGUAAGGUUGGAGUGCCCUUCGUGAUGGGAACCACCGGUGGAGAUCGGGACUUGUUGCAUAAGACUGUUGAAGACUCAAAGAAUUAUGCAGUGAUAUCCCCGCAAAUGGGAAAGCAGGUUGUUGCUUUUCUUGCAGCUAUGGAAAUUAUGGCGGAGCAAUUUCCUGGAGCCUUCUCAGGGUAUUCCUUACAGGUACUGGAGUCCCAUCAAGCAAGCAAAGUUGAUGCAUCUGGAACUGCGAAGGCUGUAAUUUCUUGCUUCAACAAACUGGGGGUGUCUUUUGAUAUGGAUCAGAUAAAACUGAUCAGGGAUCCCAGGCAACAACUUGAAAUGGUUGGAGUCCCAGAGGAGCAUUUGUCUGGUCAUGCAUUUCAUAUGUAUCAUUUGACAUCACCGGAUGACACGGUUUCUUUUGAAUUCCAACAUAAUGUUUGUGGUAGAUCAAUAUAUGCAGAAGGCACUGUGGAUGCUGUAUUGUUUCUUGCUAAGAAGAUUGAAGCAAAGGACGAGAAGAGAUUGUAUAAUAUGAUUGAUGUCUUGCGAGAGGGUAAUAUGCGAUGAAAUUUUCAUUGAAUCUGAACCGGGAGUCAGCUGUAGAACUUAUAAUAAACAAGAUUUGGCAUGUUGGUUUUUGGGCCAAGCAAUUUUCCGAGUUCAUUUUUGUUAAGCUUAGACAAGGUUAGUGUAUGUAUUAUUUAUGAAUCGAUGAAAACUGUGUAAAGCACUCUUAUGGGAUCAAUUUCAACAUUUUUGUUUCCUUUUAUCA